AACCUCAAACUAGAAGAUUUUUUUCUUCCUCACUGGUAGUGAAAAGCAAAUCGUUGAGAAAACAUUUGUGCAGGAAAAUUCAAUAAAGAACUGAAACAAUGGCAGGCGGUGAUGAUGCUAAACUAACUGGUUUAUCUAAAUAUUUCAACGGCACCACUACUGCUGGCCGCGCUAAUGUGGGCAAAGCCACUUACGCGGUUAUUGGAUUGAUUAUCGCCUACAACAUGAUGAAACCAAAGAAGAAGUAAACAUCGGCAAAAGCAAGUGUAAACAUGAGAAGAUUUAGUUUUAUGCCGCUCGUUUCCUUUUUUUUUUUUAACAUAUUUCGAUAAUUAAUUGUGAUUGUGUGAUUUAUGCAAGUCAAAUUUAGGACGAAUAAAAUAAAGGAAUAACGGAGGACAAGCCGUUAUUCAUAAAAACACAAAAAA